AGAUUUCCAAGUUCGAGUCGAAGUACAGUUUGCGCGCCGAUCCGCACGGUUCAUUCCGAGUCUCGAGAGUGCACGCACGGACGUACGGACGCGCUCCUCUUUAAAACCGGUUCAGUGUUGAGAAUCAGCAAAGGACGAGAAGCAAGAUGGCCGCCACCACAAUGAGCCACGUGUUCGACUACGAGAACGAGCUCAACGAUAAUCUCUACAACCUGAAGAUGUCGGGCAAGAGCACGGCCACCAGCAGCAAACGGGUCAGAAGCGUGCUGAAGCCCAUUUUGAGAUUGUUGAAGAAGAAGACCAACAGAGGGAAAUACGUCAAAGACCAGAAGGCCGUGCCACAAGUGGAGAUCUUCACCGAGGAGGUGGACAAUCAGAAUAAUGCCAACGAAGCACUGGAGAGGCGACUGUUGGCGGAACUUCAGGACGCUGAGGAAGGAGCUGCCAUCACUGUCUGCUUGGACGGACAGAUGACAGUCGUACCGGUUGUACCUGGUCAGUGCUACGUGCCCGUUCAUUUCGCGCACACCCACGCUGGCGACUUUUAUUGGACGACCCUGAGCAUGGCCGACAGUGACCUGUGCUACAAGGAACGCGCCUUCUCUCAACAUCAAACACCUGAGAUGCAGGUCGCGUGA